AUGACGAAGUGGGUCUCUUCCCAAAAAAGCUUGGCUUCUCUUCUUAUAUAUGAACCUUGGUACAUGAGAGAUCGGAUGAUCUGGGUAGCUUUUCAGUUUUCAGGAGAUACCAUGAACAUCUGUGGCUACAAGAGAAAAUUUGAGGCUAUAGUCUCCCCAGCAGACACUACAAGCCAGCUUUCUCCAUGCACUCCUGCACAGUGGCUCCAAACUGUCAUUUGUUCACUUCCUGCAAAACCAUCUGCAGAAUUGGAGAGGUUCAUGUCAUCAUGUGAUGGGAAUGUAACUGAUAAGGUGAUAUGCAGGGCCAGCAUAAUAUUGGGGGCCAUAUUUCCCAGGGGUUAUAAUGGGAACCGAUGUAUGAGUUCUGGUUUGCAUAAUAGCAGCUUGAUGAAUAGUGGGUGGAUAGAGCAGAGACAAGAGGAAGCUCUGAAAUUAUACUAUAAGGUUUUGGAAUCCAUUUGUGAAUCUGAAGCUCAAAAGCUGCAGGGAAGGAACUUGGCCCAGCUGUUAACUAAUGAGAGGUUCCACAGAUGCAUGCUAGUAUGUUCAGCUGAACUGGUUUCAGCAGCUCAUAUGGGAGCUAGGAUGCUGUUUCCUACAGUAUUGGAGAGAAUUGGUAUAACUGCAUUUGAUCUGAGCAGAGUGACUGAAAGUUUCAUUAAACAUGAAGGGUCACUUCCAAGAGAAUUGAAGAGGCACCUGAAUUCUAUGGAAGAGCUAAUGUUGGAGAGCAUGGUAUGGGGAAAAGGUUCCUCCUUAUACAAUUCUCUGAUUGUUGCAAGACCAUCCCUUGCUGAAGAAAUACGUCGGCUCGGCCUACUUGCAAAGCCUAUGCCAUCACUGGAUGCAAUUGCUGCAGAUAAUCUUCUUUCAUAUGGAGGCUUGCCUCACCCACCUGGCCAGAAUGGAAAUGCUAGAUCUUCAGAGAAAGUAUCCAGUGAACUACACAACUCCUCUGCAUUACCAAUGAAGGAACAUUCACCUGUUCUUAAUGAUCAAAAGCCAAGGAAGCCACCACCAUCACCCCCUCUGCUGUCUGCAUUUGCCAGUCCAACACAGCCAAAUCCAGGAGGCAGAGUCUCUACUUGCCUGGACACACGGAUUAAUCUGCUCUUUGAGAAGGUGGCAAAGUUAGCAGCAGUACGAAUCAAUCAUCUGACUCUGAAGCUAAAACCGUUGCAGCCGAUCAGAGAGAUUGUCUAUGGCUUAUUUCAUCGGAUCCUAAAUCAAAAAACUGCCCUUUGUUUCAACCGGCAUGUUGACCAGAUCAUCCUCUGCUGUUUCUACAUCAUUGUAAAGGACUCUAAACUAGAACUGACCUUUAAGGAGAUCAAAGACAGCUAUGUGAAGCAACCACAACAUGGACCUCAAGUGGUCGGCCAUGUGUUUGUUAACAGGUCACCAGCACAUGGGAAUGGGAAAAACAGGGAGGAUCACAUUGAUAUUGUCGCAUUUUACAAGGAAAUCUUCCUCUGGGCUGUAAAGCCUUUACUGGUUGAGGUUAAACCUGCCAAAGUGUCUGACCAAGCUCCUGAUCAGGCUGCAAAUAAUGCUGAUGAUGAGUGUCCCGGUUCACCUCGGACUUCUCCGUUUCCAAGCAUUCCUGAUUUAUCUCCGAAGAAAGUCUCUCCCUCGCACAAUGUCUACCUAUCCCCACUGCAACCAUCAAAGAAGGAAGCAUUGAUCUCAACGGGUGCUAAAAGCUAUUAUGCAUAUUUUGGGGAGAGCACUCGUGCUUACCAGAGCCCCUCCAAAGAUCUCACUACAAUUAACAACUGUUUGCGCAGGCCAAAGCUGAGACGCCGUCUGGAUGUAGAGUUUGUUAGUCACUCUGAAGUGGCCAGGGCCCUCUUCCAUCAUCAAUCAGCAUGACAAAUGGACUUUCUCUUCAGGACUGGGUCAUAUCAUUGCUUUGAAUUUACCCUCAAAAUCUGAGAAAGCCAAUUUUUGAUGCUUCUUCGGGCCAUGUAAUCAUUUUUAUCAUAGGUUUGG